CCCCGCCGCAUAUUCGGAAGGCCCGCCCGCCGCCCGCCUGAGAGCAGCCUCGCUGUCGGUGCGCCCGGAUCCCGCGCACCAUGGCCGCCCCCAGAGGCCUCUUCGUUCUCCUCCAGGUGCUCGGGCUCGCGCUGGCGCAGAUCAAAGGCCCGCCAGGAGAGCCCGGUCCCCCGGGCCCCCCAGGGCCGCCGGGAAUGCCUGGAUCGGAUGGCAUCGACGGUGACAAGGGGCCACCUGGGAAAGCCGGCCCUCCGGGGCCCAAGGGAGAGCCUGGCAGACCCGGGCCAGACGGGCCAGAUGGGAAGCCAGGGAUUGAUGGUUUAACUGGAGCAAAGGGGGAGCCUGGUCCCAUGGGAACACCUGGAGUCAAGGGCCAGCCUGGGCUCCCAGGUCCCCCUGGUCUGCCGGGCCCUGGUUUCACUGGACCUCCAGGGCCACCUGGACCUGUUGGUCUCCCGGGUGAGAUUGGAACCCCAGGCCCCAAGGGGGAUCCAGGACCAGAGGGGCCAUCGGGGCCACCAGGGCCCCCUGGGAAACCAGGGCGCCCAGGAGCCAUCCAGGGCCUGGAAGGGAGUGCCGACCUCCUGUGUCCAACCAACUGUCCAGCGGGUGCCAAAGGCCCCCCCGGGCUGCAGGGAGUGAAGGGGCAUCCGGGCAAACAUGGGGUUCUGGGUGACCCUGGCCGCCAGGGGAAUCCGGGUCCCAAAGGAGAUGUGGGUGCCUCUGGAGAGCAAGGCAUCCCUGGACCACCGGGGCCCCAGGGCAUCAGGGGCUACCCAGGAAUGGCGGGACCCAAGGGAGAGAUGGGUCCUCGUGGGUAUAAAGGCAUGGUGGGCUCCAUUGGCGCUGCUGGGUCACCGGGUGAGGAAGGUCCAAGGGGGCCACCAGGCCGACUUGGGGAGAAGGGCGAUGUGGGCAGCCAAGGCGUGCGAGGACCUCAAGGGAUGACAGGCCCGAAGGGAGCAGCCGGCUCCCCAGGCAUCGAUGGCAAGGACGGGACCCCAGGCACACCUGGCAUGAAAGGCAGCGCAGGACAGGCAGGGCGUCCAGGGAACCCGGGCCACCAGGGCUUAGCAGGUGUGCCAGGCCAGCCUGGAACAAAAGGAGGCCCAGGAGACAAGGGCGAGCCAGGCAAGCAGGGCCUCCCUGGAUUCCCUGGUCCUCCUGGGAAGGAGGGAGAGCCAGGGCCUCAAGGAGAAAUUGGUCCCCGGGGCAUCGUGGGGCAGAAGGGUGACCAGGGUGAGAGGGGCCCUGUGGGGCAGCCUGGCCCACAAGGACGGCAGGGUCCCAAGGGGGAACAGGGCCCCCCUGGAAUUCCAGGUCCCCAAGGCUUGCCAGGCAUCAAGGGAGACAAGGGUUUUCCAGGGAAGACCGGGCCCCGCGGCGGAGUGGGCGACCCGGGGGUAGCCGGCCUUCCCGGAGAGAAAGGCGAGAAGGGCGAGUCCGGCGAGCCCGGGCCCAAAGGACAGCAAGGAGUACGCGGAGAACCUGGCUACCCUGGCCCCAGCGGGGAUGCGGGGGCUCCAGGGGUGCAGGGCUACCCUGGGCUGCCCGGCCCUCGAGGACUGGCUGGAGACCGAGGCGUGCCAGGACAGCCCGGGAGACAGGGCGUGGCGGGCCGAGAUCCCAGUGACCAGCACAUUGUAGACGUGGUGCUGAAGAUGAUGCAAGAGCAACUGGCAGAGGUGGCUGUGAGUGCCAAGCGGGAAGCCCUAGGUGCAGCAGGGAUGAUGGGUCCCCCAGGACCACCUGGGCCACCUGGGUACCCAGGCAAGCAGGGACCCCAUGGGCACCCUGGUCCUCGAGGCAUACCUGGUGUCAUAGGAGCUGUGGGUCAGAUUGGAAACACAGGACCCAAGGGGAAGCGUGGAGAGAAGGGUGAUCAAGGCGAAGUAGGGCGUGGGCACCCUGGGAUGCCUGGCCCCCCAGGGAUCCCAGGACUCCCUGGCCGGCCUGGCCAGGCCAUCAAUGGCAAGGAUGGAGACCGAGGGUCCCCAGGGGCUCCAGGAGAGGCAGGCCGACCUGGCCUGCCAGGCCCCAUGGGGCUGCCAGGCUUCUGUGAGCCUGCAGCCUGCCUUGGAGCAUCAGCCUAUACCUCUGCCCGCCUCACAGAACCUGGAUCCAUUAAGGGACCAUGAGCAGCAGUCCAGGAUGGAGCCUGCGAGCAUCCUGGGUUCACUCCAGGUGGACAUGCUUCCAGCCCAGGGAGCUAGCUUCCCAGGACCUUUGGCAUAGGACCCAGAGGUCCUGAGGACAAGGAGUUCUAAAACGCAGGGGAAGGAAAGGGAGGGCAUUAGAGUGAAAAGGUGAGGCCGACAGAGCACAUGUUCCUGGAAAGGCAACGCUCUGAGGGUGCAGGGUCACUUUCCUUCUGGGAGCACCCUUGGGAUGUUUCCUUAAUCUGCACUAUCAUUCCCCUGGCCGUUUCAUCACUGGGGCAGCUAGAAUGAGGUCUCUGCUGGCUCCUGAUCUCAUUCUCUGGACUUACUGGGUGACUGCUGAUGGGUGAUCACCCUGAGGUGGCUGUGUUUAAGCCAGUCCCAUCCCUUUUUUCCUGCCUCCCAUCUGAGUAUUUAAACACCUGUCCCCUCCUCUUCUUCGCAUUACUCUCUCCUGCCUCCUUCUCCUCAUGUCUAUUCUUUGUAAAUAAAAGCCUCAACUUGGGUACGAAUCAGGA